GACUCAUACUCCGCCCUUGAUAUGGACCCUACAACCCUUGCCAGACAACGCAGUGGAGCUAGUCGUGACCCUCGUCGUGCCGGUAGAGCUAACCAAGGAGCUGGUCAUGCCGAUAGACAACACUACACCCGAAACCAACCAUACCAGGCCCAGAGCCAAUAUCACCAGAGCAGUAUCACCUUGACCUGUUAUCUCUGCCACGAUUCCAGACACCUUCAGCGGAGUUGUCCACUGCUUUCGCUUUGGAGAACUGCCAUUGAGACAAUCUGCCGGGACCGUAAUAUCGACCCAAUGAGCCUUCUUGAACAAAUCGACAUCGGGAUACUUGUUGCUGCUCUAGCUAGGGCUCUUCCAGAUGGGGACGGGGACAUCCCUAUGCAGUAA